UUCCUCCACAAGCGCUUCGACUUGCUCCGCUUCGCGGGAAACUCGAACACGUGACUGUCUGUUUUCCGGUGCCUACUUGAUAGAGGAGUGCACAAUCCGACGCUGUUGAGAAUUUCGUCGGAAAAUAGUUUUCUUUUGAGAGUUUUUCUCUCAAGAGUGCACGCUUGAAAACCUACGAUAAAUCUUUGAACCGAAUACCUUCGGCUUAAAACUUUGUGACAUCCAGUGCUUAAACUCAAAACUUCGCGAACUUAUAACAUUAUCGAUAAAACGUCUCUCCAAAACGGCAAUAAUAUCUCCAACAUUACGCUAUAUCCCGCUUCACAAGAAUUCGUCGAACAAGUGACUGUUGAAGACUACUACUUUUUACUUUAGUGGACGAGUUGCAGGGACUGGAGUGUAUAUCAACAAAGCCGCCCAUUUCUUAAAAGUGCUACCCAUCACAACAAAAGUGACGUAUCGUGGACUGGACACAACACAUAACAUUAUUAAUAAAACGUCUCUCCAACGGCAAACUCCUCUCCAACUGAUUUGAGUUCAUCGAACAAGUGACCAUUGUACAUAAGAUCUUUGUACUUUUCUGGCCGAGUUGCAGUGAUUGGGGUGUUUAUUAACAAAACCGCCCAUUUAUUAAGAGUGCCGCCCAUUUUUUAAAAGUGCUGCCCAUUUCUUAAAAGUGCCGCCCAUCGUGAAGAAAGUGACAUAAAGUGGACGGAACGCAUUUUCUGGCAUUAUGUAACUUUUCCAAGGAGAAUUGGUCGAUCUGGAGACAAGAUGAACAGUGUUAUCGCCUUGGCGUUCGUGGGCAUAAUCGCAUUUUGCGGUGGCCUGACUGCCCCGGCUUGCGUGUGCGACAGAAGGGAGUGCGAAAUCGUCAACGAAGUCGACUGUCCCGGAUUGGGGAUCGUCGUUUGGGAUCCUUGCGAAUGUUGCCAAGAAUGUGCGAAGACUGAAGGAGAGCCUUGCGGAGGAGAUUUAGGCUUCAGUGGGACCUGUGAACCUGGCUUAACCUGUCAACAACCAGGACCAUCCCCCAGCGAAGGAAUAUGCAGACCAAUCAUUUUCGACAAUCACGAAGAUACGUGAAAACUGCUACUGCAUCUUUUGUUUAUUUAUUUGAAAGCUGCGCAAUGUGGACCUGAACGACGACACUACCAGUAAAGUGAAAGGGCAUAGAAGACAUAAUCAACAAAACGUGAAUGCUGUACAAGAACAUGAAAGUGCAAAGUGCUAUAUCGAAUAUUAUUCCCGACUCUCCAACCAAAAACACUCUUUUCCAGCCUCUUUCGGCUUUAUCAUCCUAGUUUAAGCGCUAUUUGUGACUGCUAUCCAAGUUUAAUGUGUAAAUUUGUGACAAUACUACUAGGGAAUAAACGAACAUUUGAAUUAUAUUGUAUGAUAUGACAUGUAGCCAGGUUCUGUUCGAGAUGUAAUCAAUAAAAUGGUUUUAUUUAUUUAA